AUGACUACUAGAAGACAAAAUAAAAGACAAAAGAAACAAAGAAAACCAUUAAUUAUCAAUGCUUUCGACAUGGGUUGCCCAGGUUUACAAACCCCCGGAUUAUGGAAACAUCCUAAAGAUAAAUCAAGAAACUACAAUACCAUUGAAUAUUGGACCAAUUUGGCUAAACUUUUAGAAAAGGGUAAAUUUAAUGCAUUAUUUAUUGCUGAUGUUUUAGGUCCUUAUGAUGUUUAUAAUGGUCCAAGAAAUUUAACAGCAGCUGCUAAAUCGGGAGCUCAAUGGCCAAUUAAUGAACCAAGUGCUGUAAUUAGUGCUAUGGCUGCAGUUACCAAAAAUUUGUCAUUUGCAUGUACAUUUUCCACAAUUAGUGAAGCUCCAUAUCAUUUUGCAAGAAGAUUAGCUACUUUGGAUCAUUUAACUAAUGGAAGAAUUGGUUGGAAUAUAGUUAGUGGGUAUUUAGAUACAGCUUCAAGAAAUUUAUUAAAUGGAGAGCCUUUACCUGAACAUGAUUCAAGAUAUGAUAGAGCUCAAGAAUAUUUGGAAAUUGUAUAUCAAUUAUUUUUAAGUUCAUGGGCUGAUGAUGCAGUUGAAACAAAUCCAAAAACUGGUGUAUUUACCAAUCCAGAUAAAAUUAGAGAAAUCAAUUAUGAAGGUAAAUUUUUCAAAGUUCCAGGUCCUAAUAUUACAGAGCCUACUCCACAAAGAUUACCAGUUAUUUUACAAGCAGGUGCAUCAACUAAGGGUCUUGAAUAUGCCGCAAAAAAUGCAGAAGCUGUUUUUAUAAAUGGUUUGACUCCAGAAGGUUUAAAAUAUAAAAUCGACCAAUUAAAGGAAUUAGUGAAGAAAAAUGGUAGAAAUCCAGAUGAUGUUAAAACCGUUAAACUUGCAACUGUUAUAGUAGCUCCAACACAGGAAGAAGCAAUUGAAAAAUUUAAUGAAUAUAAAAACUUAUCAGAUUUGGAAGGUGCUCAAACUUUAUUUAGUGGUUGGACUGGGAUUGAUAUUGGUGAUUAUGAAUGGGAGGAGGAAUUAACAAAUGUUGAAAGUAAUGCAGUAAGAUCAAUGGUUGAACAAUGGACAAAACCAUUUCCAGGAGAUCCACCAAAUUUGAAAAAGACUAGAGAAUAUUUAGCAAAUAAAGUUAGUGUUGGUGGUUCUGGUACAUUAUUUAUUGGUACUCCACAAUCCAUAGCUGAUGAAAUUGAAAAUUGGGUAGAUAUAUCAGGAGUUGAUGGUUUUAAUUUUACUUAUGCAGUAACACCAGGUUCAUUUGAGGAUCUUGUUGAAUUAUUAAUACCUGAAUUACAAAGACGAGGAUUAAUGUGGGAUGAUUAUCCAAAGGAAGGUAUUACAUUUAGAGAACAAAUAAAUGGAUUAGAAGGUGAAGAACCAAGAUUUUUAAGACCUGAUCAUCCUGCUUAUAACUUAAGAUGGAGGGCUGGUGAAUCAAAAGAAGAAUUUGAAAAGAAAUUAGAAAAAACAUUAAAGGAAAAGUUUUAA